AUGUCUUCAUCAAUUCAGCUCCUCAACCCUAAGGCAGAGCUGUUAAGGCGCCAGCAGGCGCUUCAGGUGAAUAUCGCCGCUGCACAGGGCUUGCAACAAGUUUUGGCCUCGAACCUCGGCCCAAAGGGAACAUUGAAGUUGCUUGUAGAUGGAUCAGGUAACCUCAAGCUCACCAAAGACGGGAAAGUGUUGCUUACAGAAAUGCAAAUUCAACAUCCUACCGCAGUGAUGAUUGCACGUGCUGCCAGUGCCCAGGACGAGAUCACGGGUGACGGAACGUCCACGGUGGUCUUGUUAGUCGGAGAAUUGUUGAAGCAGGCUGAACGCUUCAUAUCUGAAGGAGUCCACCCGCGAGUGAUUGUGGACGGGUUUGACGUGGCCAGAGAAGCCACGUUGCAGUAUUUGGACGCGUUCAAGACGCAGCCUGAGCAGUUUGACCGGGAGUUUUUGCUCCAAGUGGCCCGUUCGUGUGUGGGCACCAAAUUGACUGCAGACUUGACGGACGUGGUGGCGCCAAUUGUCACCGACGCCGUGUUGGCGGUCUCUGGCGACGACAAGGAGGACACCGUCAGCAAGAAAAACCUCGAUCUUCACAUGAUCGAGAUCAUGACCAUGCAGCAUGGCCACACUAAGGAUACCACAUUUGUCAAGGGGCUCGUGUUGGACCACGGCGCUCGCCACCCAGACAUGCCACGUGUGGUAAACAACGCGUUUGUGUUGAUUUUGAACGUGUCGCUCGAGUACGAGAAGACAGAGGUGAACAGUGGGUUUUUCUACUCUUCGGCAGAACAGAGAGAGAAAUUGGUGGCGUCGGAGCGUAAGUUUGUGGACGCCAAAUUGAAGAAGAUUGUAGACCUCAAGAACGAGGUGUGUGGACUUGACGGAGACCGUGGCUUUGUCAUCAUCAACCAGAAGGGCAUCGACCCCAUGUCGUUGGACGUUUUGGCGAAAAACGGCAUUUUGGCAUUGAGAAGAGCAAAGAGAAGAAACAUGGAGCGCUUGCAGUUGAUUGUUGGCGGAGAGGCGCAAAACUCUGUGGACGACUUGCUGCCAGAGAUCUUGGGUCAGGCCGGUAAAGUGUAUGAGGAGAGCAUCGGGGAGGACAAAUUCACGUAUAUCACCGAGUGCCCAGAGCUGAAGUCGGCGACGAUUCUCAUCAAGGGCCUGGCGGCGCACGAGUUGCAACAGACCAAGGACGCUGUUCGGGACGGGUUGCGGGCGGUGGCCAACGUGAUCAAGGACGAGGCCAUUGUGCCGGGAGGAGGAGCUUUUUUCAUGAGCAGCAACCAGCACCUUCUCUCGAGCCAGACGGGCAUCUUGAAAGGACGCAACAAGCCAGGCAUCCAAGCAUUUGCCGAGGCGCUUUUGGUGGUGCCCAAGACGCUCAGCGCCAACGCAGGGUUGGACUCGUUGGAGGCGAUUUCGGCGUGCCAGGACGAGAUUGGCGAAAACAGACAGGUGGGCGUUGAUCUUGCGUCUGGCGAGCCCAUGGACCCGGCGCUUGAAGGAGUGUGGGACUCGUACCGGGUUUUGCGGAACGCCGUUUCCUCGGCCACGGGCAUUGCAUCGAACUUGUUGCUCUGUGACGAGCUUUUGAAAGCGGGCAAGUCGUCGUUGAAGGGCCAGGGAGGAGGAAAUGGUAUGCCUCAGGGAAUGCCCCAGGGAAUGCCUCAGGGAAUGCCUCAGGGAAUGCCCCAGGGGAUGCCAGGAAUGAUGUAG